UAUGAAUAAAAUGUCAGGUGAUAUUCAUAAUAGAGUAGAAAACGUGCCAGACCUUCCAGAACCUGAAAAUGAUGACCACCCUUCGGAAUCGUUUAACAAUGAUCUUAGUAAGACCACCAGAACACUCACUGGCGAUUUUUUGGUACCAACCACAGUAAGAAAUAAUCAAAUUAGUUUUGUGAGGACUGCUAGUGAUGGAUCGCUUUGCUGUGACAUUUGCAACAUAAAAGUAAGCGGCUCGAAGAUCUUCCAAAAGCAUUUGGAAGGGAAAAGACACAAAUCCAAGGUUGACCGAUUAGGCAAAACUUUCAAUUGUAAUAUUUGUGAUGUGACCGCCAACAGUGAAAUUCAACUUAACAUACAUCUGUCAAGUUCCAAACACAAAUCUCGAGUAGAAAAAGAAGAAAUUAAAGAACUAUUUGACGGUUCCUCCUAUUCGAACAGCGUCUACGUCAUUUUUUUUGCAGUACUUUGCAUUGUCAUAAACCUGAUUCUUUUAUUUCGUGUAGCGGAUUAAACGCACUUAGUAGAAGACCAUUUUCACAACCAAGCUACUGUUACUUGGAAAAAAGCUCUCAAAACAGUCACAGAGAGCUACUAAAUGCAAAUUUAUCAUUUUGCAACUAAACAUCCUAAAUGGUAAAACCAUUAUAUUAUUUUUUAGUUGUAAAUAAAAAAAUUGUUUGUUCUAGUUUCCUUAUAAAUUGUUUAUUUGAUAUUUAGGAAGUCUAAAACUAGAAGCCUUAUUUAUUAAAUUAUUUUUAAGAUGUUAAGUUUGUGGAGGUCUAAAAACAUCCAAAACUUAAUUGUUUGUAUAACUUAAUGUUAGUUUCCAGUUUUU